AUGUCUGAGAGAGCUAGAAUCCCACAGACCCCAGGAGAGAUGACUAUCGAUGCUGAUGGAACCUCGCGUCAAGUGAAGAAAGCUAUGGAGCCUUCCGAUCUCGACUUCUCACCCAGCCCCCAAAGCAUCCUUUUUACCUCUUUCGCCAGCCUUUCCGGUCUCUUGUUGGGGUACGAAUAUGGUAGUGUCAAUGGAAUAGUUCGCUCUAGAGCUUUCAUCAAUAUCGUCGAAAGCCCGGGAACCGUGGCACUUAGAGACGACUAUAUAAGUCUCAUCCUCCCGAUUCUUUUCUGUGGCGCACUGCUAGGAUCUAUUGCCGGCGGAUACGGUGCAGAAUCCUUCGGACGCCGCCAGACUAUCAUUGCUGGGUCUGGUAUCUACUCGGUUGGCGUCAUCGUGCAGAUGAUGGUUGGUGUCGGAUCAAGCGAUGCUCUUGGCUCAAUUGUCGCGGGACGUUUUAUCGCCGGAUGUGGUAUGGGAAGUUUGACAACGGGUACAAUAUUGUACAUGACAGAAUCUAUGUCUAGUUGCGCCUUUUAUAGUGCUGACCUCUCAUUCCAGUGCCACCACAAGGUUCGGGGAGGCUGUAUUGCGUCUUUCCAGUGGUGCAUCACGAUAGGUUACCUGGCAGCGACAAUCAUUGUGUAUGCAAUCGACGACUACCAUGAACCUGCUGCUUAUAGGAUUCUCAUUGGAAUCCAGUUUCUUUGGCCCUGCGUGGUAGGAAUAGAGUGCUAUCUCAUGCCAGAGUCACCUCGCUAUCUAGUCCAUAUCGACUCGCUGGGUGAAGCUUAUCGAAGCUUGGAGCGAUUACGUGGACUAUCAAUUGAUUCACCAAACCUUCAGGUUGAGCUUUCUGAAGUGAUUUUGGAGAGGCAAAAAUCAAGACCAUGGCUCAUUUCGCUCCAGCAGUGGCUCUCACGCUGGGUGAAGUCCCUUGUUAGGUCUUGCAGUGAACCUCCUGUGCCUCGAUGGUUUCUAGGGAUUCUGAUGCAUAUGGUCCAUGAAUGGUCCGGAAUUACCUUCAUCCUGUUUUUCACAAACAGAUUUCUUGAGUCGUCUGAAUCUUUGCACAACCCACUCCUCAUCACUCUUAUCCUAGCAAUUGUUAAUGUCUGCUCAACGCCUUUAUCUCUCUGGACAGUUGACCGCUUCGGCAGGCGCUACGUCCUUUUGGCUGGCACAGGCGGUAUGAUUGCAUCACAUUUUAUCAAUGCUAUUGUUGGAGUCACCGUUGGUAUAGAUAAAGGGCACCAAGAGAGUUCUGGGUGGAUAUCGAAUAACAGUCAUGCUGUCAACACACAAGUCGCGAUGAUGGCGCUUUUUGUUUUCUUCUAUGCAUCAAGCUGGGGGCCUACGUCUUGGGUUGUUGUCGGAGAGAUCUUCCAUCCGAUGGAUAGGUCUCAUGCAGUUGGCUAUAGCAUAGCCGGUCAGUGGUUCUUCAAGCUUGUCAUCACGGCUUCGUGCCCAUAUGUCACUGGCAAAGAUCAUGGGCACCAGCAAUCCUGUGCUUUCUUCCUGUGGGGCUCCCUAUGUGUCUUGAGUCUUGGUUUUGCUUAUGUAUUUGUCCCUGAAGGGUUUAUAAGCCAUUGUAUAUCUCUUGCCGCUUAUGAAACUUUAAGAACAUACAUUGAGGGCAGUCUUUGUCUGGCAUUUGCAGCUAUCUUUUCAAUGAAUCAAAACAGAUGGGUCACACUCAAGCAACAAGGUGACGCUUUCACCAUCCAUAUCACUCCGCUCCUGGCAGAGAUCUUGGACUGCCAAAAUAAGAAAACAACCCCGUCUAUGAUAUUUUUUAUUGGCAGUGUAGCAGACAUGAACAUAGGGGAAGACGAAGCAUCACUUCAACUCCCUCCAUCGGAUGAGUAUGGCGUGACUUUGCACUUAUGCCACGGACCGGAGAGAUCAAAUAAAAAUGAGAAUUUGCAGGUGAUCCUCGCAAAUGGUCCGAUUAAACCUAAGCGUAUAGGCUUGGACAAUCACAAUAGCGGAGAGAGCAUUCCGUGGCUCAAGGGAUAUCAAAAGCCCUACCCGCUUGCGUCUGUUUACAGUCGACUACUUAGUCAUUUCUUCGAUGUUAUAUGUAUUAUGCUUUCCAGCUUCACUUCCGUCGAGUGCUUAACAGAGUAUCUGUCAGUUUGGAUUUUAGCACAUGCCUCAACAAAUAGUGAUCCAGGCGUUGAUAUCCUGCCACGUCUUGUUGUUGUACUUGAUGGCGAGGUAGACUCAGCAGCCAAUUCUGAAAACAGCAUUAGGCCGAAAUCACUGAAAGAGAUUCAGCAUCAGAUUGAAUCCGGUAUUCUGGACAGAACCGGAUCAUGCCUCAAUAAAACAUUUUCUGAGCUCUUUGUAGAGAAUCUAUCGUCUAAAGGUGGAUCGCAAAGAAAACGGCAAUGUCCGACACUCAUGAACAAACUCUUAAAUCACUGCUCACUAUCAAGGAAGUUCAAACGACGGCGUGUUCAAUCCAAUAUCAGCGUCACGUAG